AUUGUUGCUGAACAAAAAGUGUAGCUUAAAACAGUUCGAAAUCCAAGUAAACACUCAGUAUACAAGGGUGUGUUUGGUUAUUUGGUUAUUUCUGUUUUUUCUUGUGAAAGUGCGCUAGGGAUACAGUGACCGCGGGGGAACAAAAACGUGCGUGUGCGAGUGCAAUGACAACGUCGACAGUGAAGCGAUGCCGACGAUCGUCGCAGACGGCGCCCGCCAGCGGUGAUGCCGUUCCCGGGGAGGAUGCGGAUGUGGUAAUGGCCAAUGAUAGUCCCAUCCACACCAGCGGAAGUCUGUCGAAGCGGGACUCCGAGGAGGAUGCGUGGGCAUCCAAGGGAUACAACUACAUCAAUCCCUUCGUGCACCGCGUCGAAAUCGACAGUCACAUUGAGGUGGCCAAGGUGUAUGUGUUGACGGUUUUGUUGCUGCCCAUUCGUGUGGUUGGAUGUGUGCUCUCCCUUCUCUCUGCGUGGAUGUUCGCCUGCAUUGGGCUCUAUGGCAUGACGCUGGAUGAUCUCAAGGCAAGGCCGCUAACCGGCUGGCGCAAGCAAAUGCAAUACAUGACGGCGAAGGCCAUGCGCAUGUUGUACACUUCGGGAUCAUUUCACUACAUAAAUAUGAAGGGUACACGGGCGACACCAAAGCAGGCACCCAUACUGGUGGUGGCACCGCAUUCCUCCUAUGUGGACUCCAUACUGGUGGUGGCCACCGGACCGCCAUCGAUAGUGGCCAAACGUGAGACGGCCGACAUACCGCUGCUGGGUCGCAUUAUCAACUACGCCCAGCCGAUCUAUGUGCAGCGUGAGGAUCCCAAUUCCAGGCAAAACACCAUAAAGGACAUUGUCGAUCGAGCGCGAUCCACGGACGAUUGGCCGCAGGUUGUCAUCUUUGCCGAGGGCACCUGCACAAAUCGCACGGCACUGAUCAAGUUCAAGCCGGGCGCCUUCUAUCCGGGUGUGCCGGUGCAGCCAGUCCUGCUCAAAUAUCCAAACAAAUAUGACACCUUCACCUGGACCUGGGACGGACCCGGCGUGCUACGUUUGCUUUGGCUGACCAUGACACAGUUCUACAAUCGCUGCGAGGUGGAAUAUCUGCCCGUCUAUCAGCCAAACGAAGCCGAAAUGGCCGAUGCAAAUCUCUAUGCAAACAAUGUGCGCAAGGUGAUGGCCAAAGCUCUGGGUGUGCCCACAUCGGACUAUUCCUUCGAGGAUGUGAUCAUAAUGAGUCGCGCUCGUGACAUGAAGAUUCCCUUCCCCGGUGACAUUGUGGAGAUUGAGCGCACCAUCGAGCAACUGGGCCUGUUGGAGAGUACACGAGAUAAGGAACUGUGCGAAUUAUACCUGAGUUUGUCCAACACGGACAAGCUGGACAUUAUCACCUUUGCGGAGCUGCUUCAGGUGGAUCUAAAGAAUCCGAGUUUGCACAAAUUGUUUGCCCUGCUGGAUCAUCGUCGCCGUGGCACAGUCUCGCUGAAAAGUUUCCUCCUGUGCUCGCUCUUUAGCAAAUUGAAAAACGCCGAUCUAGCGACCUUUCUACGCGCACUUGUCAAUCUCUAUAGCGAAUCGAGUGAGAAAAUAAGCAGGGAGAGCUUUGUGCGUCUGAUGCGGCAUGCGGGUGGCAAGCUGAACGAACAAAAGGCCCAAGCGCUCUACUUUGCGCUGGACACAGCCAACAUUGGCUACGUAUCCUUUGAUUCCCUUUUGGCGUACACGGAAAACCAAUCCAGCUACAAGUUCUUCUAUCACAAAUCGGAGCACAUAAGAAGAUCGAAAACGACCAAGAAUGCCGCAGGCAGCCCCAACUAAAGCUGGAUCUUUAAAGUAUAUUGAGAGCAAAAUACAGCAUAGAAAAUACGGAAGAUUUGAGGAAUGUUUUUAGAGAGAAAAAGCCCAAGCCCAAGCCCCAGCCCCCAAACCUAGGCAGAAAGUGUAACUGUCGGAGUGUAGAUUUUUAAUAUUUAUUUACCGUGUAGCGCACGUGUCCCCCCUGGCACCUAUACAAUUUAGUUAUUCUAAUUUCUACGAUUAUUGCCUUAAUUAAUAUCUCUUUUUUUUUAUGAUGUUGUUGUUGUUGUCACAGCAGAUGUGGAACUGUCUGCGUGCCGCCAGCCUUGUUAUUAUUUAUACUUAUUCUGGACUCUUAACGCAAGUCAUUUCAUCUUUGUGAUUUUUUUUAUACACACAAACAAAGCAACCAACUUACGUUACUUAUUAGGCGUUAUGCAUAUACACUUAAAUAUACAUAAACAAAAACAAAA